AUGGCGAGCGACAAGGCUCGCGAGGUCUAUACGGCCGGUCAGGCCCCCAAGCAGCACACCACCACUACGGACACCUUAAACAAACCCACCAAGCACGAUGUCGAGGAGGUGUCCAAAGUUGCCGUCCCCUCCGAGCCCGAACCGUGGCCCACGAAUCACCGCACGUUCAACCCUUUCCCCACUCUCGCCUUCAAGUACAACGAGGUUGGUCGCCCCCUCGACUUGAGCAAGAUCAAGUCGUCUCUGCCUGACCACCCUUCGCAACCCCGGCAGUUCCCCUGCGGCCAAGGGGUCGCCCUUCCGAUUCCCAGGCCUGGUAUCUCGCUCCUCGACGAGUGGAACGCCGCGGUGGCCGCCAGAAAUGCCGAGGUAUCUGGCACGAGUGCCGAGGUCUCUACCAGCCACAAGACGCCUGAGACCGGUCCCAGUGCCGACGCUGACGGUUUGGGCGACCGUGUCACUGGCAAUGACAACUUCCAGAACAUGGAUGCUGAGCAGGGGGACGAGGCCACUGUUGCUGCUGUCAAGGAUCUGUGA